GGAAAGGUUGCUGGUAUUAAGUGGUCUGUGGAAUGAGUUGAAGAGCAGAGGGAGAACUCCAUUGCAGAAAUGAUUUUGGGCUUAGGCACAGCGAUGCCCGUGAGGAUGCUUGCCCUGAAUGCGAGAAGGAGGAGAAUUGGAACGCCUGUCACGCUUGCAUCUUCCACUGGUGGCGUCGUUCGAGUUGAUAUCGAGCAACUGAAGCUCCAAAUCGAUCAACUCCAUUCUCAGGCAGAGAUCACCAGGUCAAAAGAAAACAAUGCAAGAUUGCGACUAAUGAGGUUGUCCGAAGCAGCCGAGAAUCUCCAACGAAGGGCAGUCAUGGAGGUUGCCCGUAGCAGAGAAAAUGAAGCCAGGGAGCUUCUUAUGCAAAAGAAGAAGCUGUUGCUAGCCUUGCAGAGGACAAAAAAGCGCCUCGAAGUGCUUGAUGAACUUUCAGUGAAGCUUAAUGAGGCAAUUUCUCUGAAAGAGACUGAGUUGAUAGGAAAUGUCACCUUAUUUCCUGUGAUUAACAAUGAAGAUUCUGCCCAAGAAACGCGCAUUAUAUUUCCAAAAAAUAUUAUUGAAAAUGAUGCAAUGACUGGUAAUCAUGAUUUUAAGUACACUAAAACAUGUGAAGAAGAAGAUAUAAAGAAUAUGAAGCAUGAAAAAAGCUUACCGCUUUACCACGAACAGCUAAAUUAUGAAGAGGUUGCAAUUGAUACUCAAGUUAGUGACAACAUGAGUGAUUUUAGAACGAUAUCAUCUUACGAAGACUUUCUGGAGCAUGUUGAUGGGCUACUUAAGCAAGCAGAAUUAGCUACUUGUGAUUUUAUAAGACUCUCAACAAUAUUUUUGGAAAGUAAGCAAAGGCAGAUGAACCCAAAUUUGCAGCAAAUUUCAGACAUUUUAGAUCUUGUGCGCCGCACGAGAGGGAGGAUUGCAAGUAUCAUGAAGAAAAGUGAGAAUGGUGACCAAGUUUUCUAAAGGGGAGCAGGCGUCCAAUAUAUGGGAGUGAGCACUUGAGCCUUCCUUUCCAUAUGAUCGAGACACAUCACAAGAAGAACCCCCACUAUUCUCCAUCAUCCUGAAUGCUUCAGUUUUUUUGACACAAUAUUACUCCUUCUGCUCCAAUUUUGAAAUGAAAGCUCUUUUCUUAUAAUUCGUUUAAUUAAAAACUUGAAGC